AUGGAGCACUCCGAUUUGGUGGCGGAGAUGGCUCAGGUCGAGCAUCUCACCACACAAGAAAGACUUCAUCUGGCUCGGAGACGACGGAUGCAGCAGCUGAAGCUUUGGCAGCAGAGGGAGAAGGAAUGGGCGAGGACGCGAACGAAACGAGAGAAAAGUAACAAACGUAACAUAUACUUCAAUGAUAGUGUUAUGCUACUUGAAGCGGCUGCCAGGAAUGACAUUGAUGAAGUUCGACGAUUGCUCGCUCGUGGUGUGACACCGGACGCGACGAAUGAGGAUGGUUUGACAGCCCUGCAUCAGUGUUGUAUUGACAACAAUGAAGCCAUGAUGAGGUUGUUAUUAGACCAUGGGGCGAAUGUGAAUGCUGAAGACAGUGAGAAAUGGACACCCCUACACGCAGCGGCAACCUGCGGCAACCUCAACCUGGUCAGGAUAUUAAUACAGUGUGGCGCGAACCUCCUAGCAGUGAACGGUGAUGGAAAUAUGCCCUACGAUAUAUGCGAGGAAGAGAGAACCCUGGAUGCUAUAGAAAGCGAAAUGGCAGCCAGGGGUGUCACGCAAAGACUGAUCGAUGAAACCAGGGCUGCCACUGAGAUGCAAAUGCUGAUGGAUGUGGCCGAUAUGGUGAAGAAGGGAAUGGAUUUGGAUGAGCCUAGGGACAAUCAGGGCGCUACCUUGUUGCACAUAGCGUCAGCGAACGGUUACCUCAAAGUGGUUGAGUUUCUGUUGGAGCAUCGCGCCUCAACGGAUGUAGUGGAUCACGAUAUGUGGCAGCCGGUACACGCGGCCGCAUGCUGGGGACAUUUGGAAGUGUUGGAGCUUUUAGUACAAUACGGAGCUGAUCUUAACGUGAGGAACAAACACGAUGAAACACCAGCAGAUAUCUGCGAGGAGGGUGAGAUGAGGGCCCGCAUCCUCCGGCUGGCCGUGGAGCAGGAGGAGGUGAGGCGGCGGGCGGCCAGCGUGGCCGGGGACAGGCUGCGGGCUGCCAGGAGGUCCUCCUCCACCGCCUCGGCUAGCAGGGUUCGGUCCGUCCGUCGUACGUCUCUCCGUGAGAAGCAGUUAGCGGCCAAAGCAGAUGCAAGAGGUGAAGCUCGACUUAGAGAGACCUUUGACAGUACGGGAGAUGACGAAUAUCAGGGUCUCACAAAUGGAGUGGAAAACGAUCAGAACACAGCGAAUAUACCAGCUGACUUAUCAAACACGAGGCUAUCAAUCAGUUCAACGACCUCCAACCAGAGUUACGACUCGGGAAACGUUGACUACGUACCGAAACACAACUACCCUAAACACAGAAGCGACACAGAUUCAAACGACAACAUUACUUACAACCAACCCAAGAUAACGAACCCUCUGUUCGGUGUGAAUGCAGCCACUAAUUACUCACCCGGUCCGCUACACGAAGAUAAAGAGAAAUUACCGAACGGUGUAAGAAAGGCACCAGAAGGUCAAGAUAAUGAGGCAUUCAAAACAGAGGACGUUUUAGAUGGUAGGAAAGAAAUGUUGGCCGAACAGAUAUCUAUAGCGGACGGUGGAACAGCGACCUACACUACGGACAAUAAUGGUAAAAUCAAUGUUCAUGUCACCGUCAUGAUUAACGCAGGAACACUAGCCGAUUUGAAGAAACAAAGGGCACAAAUAAGAACCAAUGGGAGUCCGGUAGAAAAUAGCGCGAACUCAACAGCCAAUCACAGUCUGAAUUCUAUAACGGAAACAAAGAACGACCAAAUACAGAUACAGGAAGCAGCGCCAUCUAUAACCGUGCCCAGGUUCUCUGGCAACACUAGUGAUGUGGUCGGUGAUAGUAAAUCGCGAAGAUGCUGCAUCAUAAUGUAA